UAAUUGCGCAAGUGUGGCAUAUUGUUUACACAAAAAAACAAAAUACAAAAAACAUGUCAUACAUUUUUAUUUUGGCUCUCUUUAAAUUCUAGUGAUACUGAAAAAACGUACCAAUUUAGUUCAAAAUUUAUUCAGUGAUAAUCGAAAAUGGACCGAUCCACUACAGAUCAUAGUGAUUCUGAUUCUGGAGAUAGUUGGACUCUAAUUGAGAAUAGCUCCACGUACGCUGAUGAUGCGCUAGAUGUACCUGAUCAUACAACUGAAAGCACCAAGGUGGAACAUCAUGAUAAAGACGAGGACACUGAUGGUAUAUCUAUUAUCACUGACAGUGAACCAGAGUCUUCUUCACCAUGUGAAAUAAACUAUGAACAUUAUCUUUUAGAGGAAAAUUUGGCACCAGAACAUCAUAUUCCACAAUUCAUGACGGUAAAUUCUGACUUGCAUGAUUUUAAAAAUCACAAUGAAUCUAAAAAAGAAGAUGAUGAUUUUCUCGGAGAUAGCGGGGAAAAGCAUAAGACAUAUGUACAUAGGCGAAAUAAAAGAUUGAGCACAGUACUUAACAUCAUAAUGUUGGGUAGUGUGAUAACAGCUGCAGGUGUAGCUAUUGGUCACAUGUGGGGUGCUAAAACAGACUGUUCCGUGCAUACUUCUCCAAAUGUAAAUAAAAUAUUGUCCAAUCUUUAUAAACUACAAGAAGAAAAUGCUUAUUUAUGGAAUAAAUUAAAGGAGUUGACAGCCUUAAAUAAUCAUCAAAUGAAUCAACAAAAGACUACAUUGAAACAAAAUAAAUGUAAGAAAAUAUUUGAAGAACCCUUGAUAAAUAAUGACAGUAAGAAAGUUACAAAAUGUGUUGACAGUAAAUUCAUAAAUGAUGACAAAUUACUAAAUAAAGACAUGGAUAAAGCAGCUCAUGAAAAUCAAUUUUCAUUAGAAGACGUGAUAGAUAAUAAUCAUGCUUACCAAAAAAACAAGAAAUGGUUAGAUGAUGAAAUUUUGCAAACUUCUAAUCAGAAGCCAUCAAAAAAAUUAAAGACACGGCACACUCCUAAAUCUUUAGAACAUAAUCCUAAGAAUCAAAACAAAGAAAAUGACUCAAAGGAAAUCAUUUAUGUUAAAGAAAAUAGUAAAAAUGAAAAAAAAAAUACUGAAGAAUAUCUGAAUGAAACACAAGAUUUGUCAAGUGCAAUUACACUAAAUUAUAUUAACAAUAUAAAUAAUAAAGAGAGUGAAGCUUUUAAAUCAGAAUAUAAGUAUUUAAAUAACAAAAAGUUACUUAAAAAACCAUAUGGUCCCGAAAAAGACUUUUCUUUGAAUUAUGUAGACAAACUUGAAAAUGAGAAAAAUAAAGAUCAGUUUAAAAACUAUAUGAGACUUAAAGGAGCAUAUGGUUAUGAGUUUGAUCUUUCAAAUAAAGGAAAAAAUACAAAAACUAAUUUUAACAGCUUAAACGAAGAAUAUGAUUUGUUUAAUGACUUCAAUCAUAAAAGACAUCAAUCCAUCAAGAAAAGAGAAAGUAAUAAAACUUUUAAAGUAGAAACUAAAGAUCUUGAUACAAAUCAAAUAUCAAAAGAUAAAUUUGGUACUGAAGAGGAAUUCUUAAGGAGCAUUAAAGAUAAAAAAGAAAUGAAGAAAAGCCUCAAAAGUAUUAAAAAAGCAUUUAAAAAUAACAGUAAAGAUUUCGAUAAGGGAAAAACCACUGAAGGAAAGGAAUUUUUAAGAAAUAUAAAAGAUAAAAACCAAAAAAUAAUCAAUAAAAGUGAAAGUAACAAAGCAUUUGAGAAGGAAUAUAAAAUUUUAAUGAAAAAUAAUACUCCAAACAGCGAAUACGAUUCCGAAGAAGAAAGUAACAUGAAAGAUAGCAAUUUGAAAAAAAAUAAAAGGGAAGAUACCAAAAUACUUCAAAAGAAAAAUAAAAAGAACAUAAAGCAUGAAACACUAAAAGGAAAAUACAAUACUGCUGAGCAAGUUAUGAAAGAUCAAAAUCUUAAUGGAUAUAAUCAAAAGGAAAAUGAGAUGUGUGAAAUGAAUACUAAAAGUUUGUACACCAAUGAAGGUUCUAACGACGAAUUGGGUGUUAACGAAGAUUCUUUAAAUAUCAAAAAUAAUAGAGUAAAAGAGAACAGUGAGAAAGCUUGUACCAUGAAAAAUAAUGAUUUAAAGUGGAAUAAAACACCAAAAAAUGAAAACGAUAGCAAAAUAAAAACGCAAAUAAUAAAUAAUGAUUCUAUUAAGGACAAAAAAGCAACUGGUGAAGACUAUUACCAAAGUGACAUCAGUGAUGAAGACUUGAAAAAGGAUAACAGAUAUAUUGGUCAAAAGCAGAAAGAAGAAAGGAAGAAAUAUGAUCGUCAACAUUCACAUAAAAAAGUGAAAAGAAGGAAUAAAUAUGAACAAUGGGAAAUGAAAGGCGGUUUAUUCAAAGACUAUGAUGAUAUUUCAAUGUCUUCAUCUCAAGAAAAUGAAUAUUCAUUCAAUGAACCAAAUUCGCAGAACGACGAAAACCGUAAACGUCAACUAAGAGAUAAUUCUAAUAAGGCAGAAGAUAACUUAAAUGAUGAUCUUAAAGAUUAUGUAAAAAGUUCUCAAAAAGUUAAUGAAGGUGAGGAUGAAGAAAAUUGGCUACAUAAAAGAGCGAAAUUUCGUACAGAAGCAAGGCAAAAGCUUGACAAGGAGUCCUCUGUUAAGAAUGGCAUCAAUGCUGCCGGUUGGUAUUUUCGACGUAUGCGCAAACGUGAGCAAAGUCGUGGGAAAGUCGAUAGCAGCACUUACCGAAAAUUAUUAAAACAUAAAUUUUAAAUUAGAACAUGUUAUUAUAGUAUAAGAAAAUUUGUUGUAUUACUAGAUCAUUAAGGUUCAAUUAGACACAAUGCUUUUAUAAAAGCAUUUAAAACAAUACGAAAGCUGUGUAACUUACAUAUUUUUACAUACACUCGAAAUUUUGUACAGGGAUACUAGGAGAGUUUGUGUGAUAAAAGAUUUUAUUUUUUAACAUUUCUUUAUUCGAGUUUAAAAUCUAUUAAAUAGUUAUGUUAAUUGUGAUAUAAAUAAACUUUUAGACUUUCCAGUUUUCUUGGGCGGUCAGGACCUCCAUUAGUUGUGCCGAUGCUACCAAUUAUAAUGUAAUAACAGUACCUACUUUUGAAUUUCUUUCAAUGCAAAUAAUAUAUCAUAGAUAUUUUUGUAUAAUUAAAUAUUAAUGUGAUAGAAUAUAAUGAUUAUAAUAAAAAGGUCUUCACAUAUGAGAAAAAGUAAUUUGUGCUAUUUAAAAUUCACUGCUAAGGUUAUAGAAUAGUUUUAUUCACAAUGUAUAGAAACUGUUAACACUUGCCCUUUCGGAUUUUAGUAUCCAGUGAUAUUUAUAAUUUAAGUUUACUAAAUUUGUAAGUAUUAUCAAUAAAUAUAGUAAUAAAACACAUA